GGCCCGCCCCGCCUAGAACUACUUUCUUUAUUUACUUAUUUUCUUUCUUCGCCGUUACAGCCGUCUUUUGUACAACUAGCACCAUUAAGAGACUUCCAUGCGACUUGCAUCAAUGAUGCACUGGUGACCCGCCAUAACAAUUUCUAUCACUAUUAAUACAGCUCGGCCGGAUUUGUGUAACCAUACAUGUAAUCGAGUCCACCCGUUUAUUCCCGCACAUCAAAAUCAUCUCUUCAUGUACGACAGCACGCCUGUUUAUAGAUCAGUCUGUGCAACGGCGAUCAGUAUUGAACAUGGCAACCGAGCAUGACAAGCCCGAUACCACCAGCAAUCCACUCGAUGCAGAAGUCGACCCUCGCAGACAUGAGCCCAACGAGAGCUCCCACGUCGAGGUCGAGGUCGAGGAGCUCGCUGUCAUCGACCGCAUAUACAGCAAACUCGACCGGCGCAUCAUUCCAGCAUUCUGGGCGCUGUACUUCCUCUGCUCGGCCGUCCGCUCCAACGUCGGACUUGCGCAGACCAUGAAUGCGGAUGCUCACCACGAUCUCGCAUCCGUAGUACAUCUCACGCCGCACCAGAUCUCCACGGGCCUGGCGUUGUUCUACGUCUGCUACGUCAUUUUCGAUGUCCCGUCCAACCUGGUCAUGACCAAGCUUAGUCCGCAUGUGUGGAUGAGCCGCAUUGUGAUCAGCGUCGGCGUGAUAGGCGCGUGUUUGACGGCUAUGAAAGCCGCGUGGAGUUUUUACCUCCUCCGUCUUCUCCUCGGCAUCGUCAUCGCUGGCAUGUGGCCCGGUAUGACCUACUACCUCUCCCUCUUCUACCCGCCAUCACGCAUGGGCAAGCGUAUCGGGCAGUACUUCACGGCCGCACAAGUCUCUGCGGCUGUCGUCGGGCUUGUAUCCGCCGGAUUCCAGAAAAUGGACGGGAUGCACGGGUACGCUGGGUUUCAAUGGAUGUUCCUCGUGUACGGGGUGGUCACGAUCGCGGUUGGGAUCACGCUGCUGUGGUGGCUUCCACCGCGGCCGCAUGCGCCAAGCUACAACAACAACCAGGAGGAAGAAACCAACGAAACCAAAAAGAAGAAGUUUUACAUCCGCUUCCUCCCACGUAGCGCGCCCGCCCUCACCGGCCGUGACGCGGAAAUACACUUUCGUGACCUCCGCCGCGUGUACACGCGCGUCGCCUGGACAUGGCGGGAUGUGGCUGCUGUGCUGCUCGACUGGCGGCUGUGGCCGCUGGUGAUUAUGUACUUUGGCGUGGUUGGUGUUGGCAUUGGGACGCAGAGCUACGGCAGCGUGAUCAUUAUGGCUACGAACCCGGGGCUCAGCGACAUCGACGUGUCACUGCUCUUCGCGCCAAUCUGGAUUAUGGACCUCAUCGCCAUCCUCCUGAUAACGCCCCUCUCGGACCGGUUCCACCACCACCGCGCACUCUUCUUCAUCAUCCCGGUCUGUCUGCAAAUCCUGGGCCUGCUACUCACCACGUACGCCGGCACAGCCAGCAACCCAUGGCCACGGUAUGGCGGACUGUUAAUCGUGGGCUUUGGACUGGGUCCCACGGUGCCGAUUACAAUGACGUGGACGACAGAGAUCUUCCAGGCGCGACACGGCGAAGUGGGUGUUGCGGCGGCGUCUGCGCUGGUCUCUGGGUUAGGGAAUUUGGGGAGUAUUCUGACCACGUACGCGCUGUAUGCGGGGUGGGAAAGCGAUUAUUUGGCACCGGGUAGGGCGAAGUAUCGGAAGAGUAAUUUGGUGAUGGUGGGGAUCCUGGGGGGAAGUAUAAUCGCAGCGGGGGUGAUGUGGGUAUUGCUUAGGGUUGUGGAUGGUAAGGGAGGGAGAAUAAGGGGGGAGAGUGAGGAGGGGAUUGUGGAUGGGGCAGCGAAAAGGGAGAGGGAGGAGAGGGGUCUCGAUGGGUUGUUUCGACUACGUAGAUAGUUAGGUAUAGGGUAGAAUGUUUCGAUAUCAGUACAUUCAGGCUCUAUGCUAAGG